GUUGCCGACAAGACACUGUUUGCUCAAAUCACCGUCCUCGUAAUUGAUCAAUGUGAUUGUUCUCAUCACGUGGUUCAACAUAGACCCCUGCAGGUCGUAACAUAUAACACGUCUCAGGCGUUGAACGAGGCGGAGGACAUACUGCUGCAGUACCAGGUGGACGUGUGCGUGUCCGACUACCACCAGUACUUCAGUGCAGCGCUGUACAUCAUCCACGGCGUCAUGCUCCUCAUCGGUACAUUCCUGGCUUGGGAAACUAGGAAAGUACAGAUUGAAGACCUAAAUGACUCCCGUUCCAUCGGCCAGUGCAUCUACAACACAUUCGUCUUCAGCAUCAUAUCACUGGUUUUCUCAUUUGUGCUUGAAAACCAGGUACAAGUUCUCUAUGCCCUGCACUCUGGUUUUGUACUGUUUGGUACAACGAUGAACAUCAUAUUACUGUUUGUUCCAAAG